GUCGUUGGCGCUGUUGUUAGCAUCACAGGCGUUUCUAGCACUGUUACUUCAUUCGGUACCACUGUGCGGAGUGAUUUGGUGCUUCAGAAUGAAAAUCACAUGUUUCUUGAUAUCAGUCUGUGGAGUGAUAUAGCUCGGAAUCUCAAUGGUCAGGAACUGGCUGUCCUUGGUCGUUCUGGGCCAGUCAUGCUUGCUGUUUGCUCACUGCGAGUCACUGGCGCUACGAAAGGAGGUUACUCUCUGACCAGUACUCCAGGCACACGUUGUGUUCUCAACCCUGUUUCUGAAAUGGCUCACCUGGUCCAAUCUGUGUUCUUUGCCAGCACUAAUACAUGUCAAUAUUACCCUCCGAGGUUUGCAACUCCUACUGAGGCAGCGGCCUUCGAAGCUGAAUGUACGAAGACUGUGUCACAACUGCUUGCUUUGUGUUUUCCACCUGUUGCCGAUUCUACGCGUUACCAUUGCUCUGGUCGGAUCGUUUCGGUUGAUUCUUCUAUGCAGUGGUACUACUUGGGUUGUGCGCUUUGUUCCAAAGCAGCCAUAGAUUAUGAUGGUGUUGACAAAUGGUGUGAUGACCACCGUCGUUUGGUGCCUCAACAAACACAGAAC